AAGAAUGCCAAGAUUAUCAAGAGGGACCGAAGCAAUGAAAACUUUAAGAAGAGAUGGCGUACUUUUAAGAACAACGGCUUCCAGCUUUAUCAGGAUUAUGAGGCUCAAGUCUAUAUAUGCAUACGUCGCAAGGGCGACAGAUAUGAGUUCAAGUCUACUGACAAAGCUCUGCCGUUUUCGGAGGAGGAGAAA